AUGCUUAGAAAUAUAUUAUUCAAUAUAUUCAAGUCCGUUAAUAAAGUAAACAGAAGAACAGUGGCAAAUAAUGCCCUAAAAUUUAUUCCGGUUACUAUUGGAUUAGCAAAUUUAACUCACUGUGAAGGAAAACAAAAAAAGGAAGUGGAUAUAACAUGGAAAGAUGAUAAUUUAGAACAUGAAUUUUUAAUCCGCCAAGCCACUACAGUGAACGUUAAUGCUGCCACACAACUACUUACCGUGACAUUAGUCGCUAUAUAUGACACAAGUGAAAGGUUAAGAGAAGCGUUAACAAAAGAAAUAUGUUUAGUAAAACAAGCUUUAGAAUGGGGUGAAGGCACUCCUCCACAACACUGGGAUGAAUUGGUUGCAGUGAGAGGUUCCCUUCGUGAUCUCAAGCAUAACCUCCGUAUGCUAUUUAGUUAUAUGGAUUAUGCUGAAAAACUGGCAACAGUUGCAGCUGAAAUAUCUUAUUUAUCUGGAAACAUUGUUGCAUCAGAUGCUAUAUGUGAAAGAAUAGAUCAUGCAUGCAGGACUUGCAAUGCUCAGAAGCAGUUGACACAUGAACUUCAGCAAGAGAGUUUAGAGUUGCAACAGCAGGCCAUCAUUAGUUCUCCACAACUGGAGCAAAAACUGAAAGAAGAAGAAGAAGAAGAAGUGAAUAGUAAAACUAAAUAAAAAAAGAAAUAGUGACAUAUAUAGAUAAACACCUAAAAUAUAAACUGACUGACUAGUAUUAAAAUAAAAUAUUAUUAUUGCAUGAAAUAUAAUUUUUACCUGUGCUAUGUUAUCCAUUAAAAAGUGGCAUCCUUGUU